UACAACUUAAAAAUUUAAAUCCAAGGAGCCUCCGGAAGAGAAAUGGCGGAAGAGGAGAACGGAGCGACCGGCGGCGGGGAGUUUUACCUGAGGUACUACGUAGGGCACAAGGGAAAGUUUGGACAUGAAUUUUUGGAGUUUGAGUUCCGACCUGACGGGAAGCUCCGCUACGCCAACAACUCCAACUACAAGAACGACACCAUGAUCCGCAAGGAGGUCUUCCUCACCCCUUCUGUUCUCAAAGAGUGCCGCCGUAUUGUCUCCGAUUCCGAUAUUAUGAAGGAGGAUGACAACAACUGGCCAGAACCAGAUCGUGUAGGACGACAAGAGCUUGAGAUUGUGAUGGGGAAUGAACACAUCUCCUUCACUACUUCCAAGAUUGGGUCGCUAAUGGAUGUUCAGACUAGUAAUGAUCCUGAAGGCCUCCGCAUCUUCUAUUAUCUCGUCCAGGACUUGAAGUGUUUUGUGUUCUCCCUGAUCUCUCUUCAUUUCAAGAUCAAGCCGAUUUAAGAAAUGUUGAUGCUACAUCUUAUAUUUUGGAACUAUGCAUAAUGCACUCACCCCAGUUGACUUUCAUCUUCAUGACUUUGACUCUGUGUGCUUGGUAUUUUAACGUUCAUAGUUGAGUUCCAGGCAUUGCAUAAUAUGGUGUUACACUGGCUGUUAUUUCUCUUAAAAAAGAACUUUUGUCUAAUGGUAUUCUUUUGUAAACAUACUUUUAGAAAAAUGGACAAGUGCUAACCAGCAUUUGAUGAUGUCAUCAGAAUGAUUAGAAGACUAAAAACAGGUCUUUGAUGCACAUGUAAUGGGAAAUUAACAUAUCAUCCGACCAAUUACUAGUUGCA